AUGGGCCAGCUGAUGGAGCAAGGCUUGGAGCUGGGCAAGGACGGAAUCCAAAGCUCAGAGGGAAGAUGGGCCGAGGCUCAGCUGUCUGUGAGUGGACCACCAGGCCUGGUGAGCUGCCUGCCACCCCGAAGCUCAGCUCUGAGCCAGAGUGGCCGGGGCUCUGUGCCCAGCGACAUGGAAGCCAGGAAGGGGGCUCCCGGGAGGCAGCUGUGCCCACCUGCCGUCACGGUGCUGGCCCUCGCCUCUCUGCUCAGCUGCCUGCCCGCCUCCAGCAAGGCCAAGGUCUACAGCCGCUGCGAGCUGGCCAGAGUGCUGCACGACUUCGGUCUGGAUGGAUACCGGGGAUAUAGCCUGGCCGACUGGGUCUGCCUCGCUUACUUCUCGAGCGGCUUCAACACAGCUGCUGUGGACCAUGAGGCCGAUGGAAGCACCAACAAUGGCAUCUUCCAGAUCAACAGCCGGAAGUGGUGCAAAAACCUAAGCCCCAAGUCCUCCAACCAAUGUCGGAUGUACUGCUCUGACUUGUUGAAUCCUAACCUCAAGGAUACUGUUAUCUGUGCCAUGAAGAUAGCCCAAAGGCCCGAGGGUCUGGGCCACUGGGAGGCCUGGAGGCAUCACUGCCAAGGCAAGGACCUCAGUGACUGGGUGGAUGGCUGUGAAUUCUAG